UUGAAAAUAACAUACUUCCGGGAAUUCUUGUUUUCUUACGGCCGCUUGCUUCACGCUGCUGCACCGGUGAUUCGGGAAUAAGAUCAUGAAUUAGGGGACACUGGAGGAGUAAUAAGGAACAUUUAACAAAAGGUGUCUUCAUUGAGGAUGUUCAUCACUCUCCUGUAAGCUCUUCUCCAACCUCGAAAAGCUUAAGAUCCGCAUCAAGAUGCUCCAGAACCAUCAGAGACCUUCCGGGAAGCUGUUCCUGUUCGCUUUCACCGCAUUGUGGCUCUUCGUUACCAUUUCUUCUGAUGAAGAUUACUACAAGCUGCUAGGUAUUUCGAGAGAGGCCGGCACUCGUGAGAUUCGGCAGGCUUUCAAAAAGCUUGCCCUCACGAUGCAUCCGGACAAAAACCCGAAUGAUGCAACGGCCCACGAGAAUUUCUUGAAGAUUAAUCGGGCCUACGAGGUGUUAAAGGAUGAGGACUUGAGGAAAAAUUACGACAAGUAUGGAGAGAAGGGCCUGCAAGAUGAGCAGCAGGGAGGAAGAUAUGAAAGCUGGAACUAUUACAGAUAUGAUUUUGGAAUUUAUGAUGAUGAUCCAGAAAUUACUACACUAGACAGAGGAGACUUUGAUGCAGCUAUAAACUCUGGCGAAGUCUGGUUUGUGAAUUUCUAUUUCCCGCGCUGCUCACACUGUCACGAUCUUGCCCCCACGUGGCGGGAGUUUGCUAAAGAAAUGGACGGUGUGAUUCGGAUCGGUGCUGUGAACUGUGGUGAUAACGGCAUGCUGUGUCGUAGUAAAGGCAUCAACAGCUACCCCAGCCUCUAUGUGUUCAGAGCAGGAAUGAAGCCAGAGAAAUACUACGGCGACAGAACAAAAUCAAGCCUCACCACAUUUGCAAUGCAGUUUGUAAAGAGCAAAGUGACCGAACUAUGGCAAGGGAACAUUUUUAAUGAGAUUGAACGAGCAUUUGCUGAAAGAAUCGGCUGGUUGAUAACCUUCUGCGCUGACACCGGGGAUUGUUUGGAACCUCAGACAAGGCGGAAGCUUGCUGGGAUGUUGGACGGUCUGGUCAAUGUCGGAUGGAUGGACUGCUCCAAACAGGCAGAUCUGUGUGACAGCUUUGAGAUCACCACUAGCACUACUGCCCUCUUUCCCCCUGGCAGUUCUCUUGCUCAGAAAGGCAGCGUCACGUUUAUCCAGAGUUUGGAUACUAAAGAAAUAUAUGCACAAGUGUUGCAGCAUCUACCUGACCUGGAGAUUCUUACAAAGAGCAGCUUUGAGCAUAAAUUGGCUCAUCACCGAUGGCUCAUCAGUUUCUCCUUUGGGCAUAAUGAUCUGGCAUCACACGAAUAUAAAAAACUCAAAUCUCUUCUGAAGGACUCUCACAUACAGGUGGGGAAGGUGGACUGUGUCACAGAUUCAGAGCUGUGUGCUUCUCUAUAUAUACAGAAGCCCUGUGUGGCUGUUUUUAAAGGAGUUGGAAGUCAUGAUUUUGAGAUUCACCAUGGUAAGGAUGCCCUGUACAACGUCGUGGCCUUUGCAAAAGAGAGUGUGAAUGCCCACGUCACCACGCUGAGGCCAGAGAACUUCCCCAGCCAUGAGAAGGAGCCCUGGCUGGUUGAUUUCUUUGCUCCUUGGUGUCCGCCAUGUCGAGCUCUUCUCCCCGAGCUGAGAAAAGCCUCCAUCCAGCUCUUUGGACAAAUGAAGUUUGGGACUCUCGACUGUACUGUGCACGAGAGGCUCUGCAAUACGUACAACAUUCACGCAUAUCCAACAACUGUAAUUUUCAACAAGUCCAGCAUCCAUGAGUACGAAGGCCAUCAUUCUGCAGACGGCAUUCUGGAGUUUAUAGAGGACCUGGUGAACCCUGUGGUGGUGACUUUGACUCCAGAGUCAUUUCAGGAGCUGGUGAAGAGACGCAAGUCGUCGGAGACGUGGAUGGUGGACUUCUACGCUCCAUGGUGUGGGCCCUGCCAGGCCCUGCUGCCCGAGUGGAGAAGAAUGGCACGGAUGCUGAGUGGGAUUGUAAACGUGGGAACAGUCGACUGCCAGAAACACCACUCGUUCUGCCAGGGUGAGAAUGUGCGCGCUUACCCAGAGAUCCGCCUGUUUCCUCAGAACAGCAACCGCAGGGACCAGUAUCAGACUUACAAUGGAUGGCACCGGGAUGCCUUCUCACUCAAGACUUGGGCCUUGAGCUCUCUGCCUCGUGCCUCAGUGGAUCUGUCACCGGAGGACUUUAAGAGAAAGGUUUUGGGAGGGAAGGAUCACUGGGUGUUGGAUUUCUACGCCCCAUGGUGCGGCCCAUGCCAACAAUUCGCCCCCGAGUUUGAAGUUCUUGCCAGGGUGAUGAAGGGAACCGUGCGAGCUGGUAAAGUGGACUGUCAGGCACACUACCAGACCUGCCAGAACGCCGGGAUCAAGGCUUACCCCAGCGUCCGCUUCUACCCCCACCUGGGCACCACACAGCGAGAUCAAGGAGGAGAGCAUAUUAACAGCAGAGACGCCACAGUCAUCGCAGAUAUUCUCCGACAGAGACUCCAGCAGCUAGCGUUACAGGGAAAGUCCAAAUUUAAAGAUGAACUAUAGGACACAUCUUGCGAUCCACAGAAGCUGCUAUACGUGGAGCGGUGAGAGUGAUGGGAGAAAACGCACACUCACGAACUCAUGACGAGCGCGAGAGAUUUGUUUGAGUUUGUUUACUGCCAAAUGGACUGUAGAAAGGAGCGGCUUCACCUCAACUGCUUUAGAGGAGGGAAUCAGGACUCAACAAACACCUCUAAAUGCGUUACUGAUGCAGAAGAGGUCACCACAGUGCAAUUAUUUAUGACUCUCUGUAAUCUGUGAAUGUACUUGUCAAAUAGUCUUCAUUUUCUCACACAGAUUGUAUUUAUGACUGUAACAAUACGAUUUUCUUGCAGCUGAUCCAUUUUGAAUUGGAUUUCUGUGAUUAAAUGAUCUGGUGAAGUACGAUGGAAUGAUAUGUUACUUGGCAAAAUGUAAAUCAAGUUGCAUUUUUUAAAAAUGUUUUUUAAAUGUGCUUCUAGAAGACCUUAUCGUUCUGUCAAAGUUGCCAAAACUAUCAUCAAACCAAAUUAUCGUAGAAGCAUAAAACUACGCUGGCUAUAGAUCAAGUCUGUAGCUGAAUUUGUUUUAUGCUGUAUUUGUUUUGUUGUCUUUUAAUGGUUUUAGUUUGCAGAAAACACAUUUGUUGUAGAAUACGUCUUUUGUUUUUUUUUAACUUGGUUUACGAAUAUUUCUGUAUUAAAGGUGGUCUGAAUGUUUUCCAGGUGGCCACUAGGAGGCGAUGAUUAAACAUCAAUGGCUUCUUCAAGUUCUCAUAGGCCUGUGAAAUUACAUGUUGGCAGUCGUUGUCAUGGAUAUUCAUUAUUGUUUUCUAGAAACAACAGCUAUUAAACAUGACACAACAGUUCCUGUUGAA